AUGGAACCGCGUGUUGGUAAUAAGUUCAGGCUGGGUCGAAAGAUCGGCAGCGGGUCCUUUGGAGAGAUCUAUCUAGGUACUAAUAUCCAGACAAAUGAAGAAGUAGCCAUUAAGCUUGAAAAUGUCAAGACAAAACAUCCUCAGUUGCUUUACGAAUCGAAGUUGUACAGAAUCCUUCAGGGAGGAACUGGGAUUCCAAAUGUGAGGUGGUUUGGAGUUGAGGGAGACUAUAAUGUUCUAGUGAUGGAUUUGCUUGGACCUAGUCUUGAAGAUCUCUUUAACUUCUGCAGUAGGAAACUCUCUUUGAAGUCGGUUCUUAUGCUUGCUGAUCAGAUGAUUAAUCGCGUCGAGUUUGUCCACUCGAAAUCAUUUCUGCAUCGAGAUAUCAAGCCAGACAACUUUCUCAUGGGCUUGGGAAGGCGUGCAAAUCAGGUAUACAUCAUUGACUUUGGUCUGGCGAAGAAAUACAGAGAUAGUUCAACCCAUCAACACAUUCCUUACAGGGAAAAUAAAAAUUUGACGGGAACUGCUAGAUAUGCGAGCAUGAACACUCACCUGGGAAUUGAGCAAAGCCGGAGGGAUGAUCUAGAAUCUCUUGGUUAUGUCCUUAUGUACUUCCUGAGAGGAAGCCUUCCUUGGCAGGGACUAAAAGCUGGAACAAAGAAACAGAAGUAUGAGAAAAUUAGUGAAAAGAAGGUUUCUACUUCGAUCGAGGCUCUAUGUCGGGGUUAUCCAACUGAAUUUGCCUCUUACUUUCAUUACUGUCGUUCACUUCGAUUUGAUGAUAAGCCAGAUUAUGCUUAUUUGAAGAGAAUAUUUCGCGACCUCUUUAUUCGUGAGGGCUUCCAGUUUGAUUAUGUCUUUGACUGGACAAUAUUGAAGUAUCAGCAAUCACAGCUGGCUAAUCCUCCAACUCGCGGCAUUGGCCCUGGUGUUGGAACCAGUUCUGGAAUGCCUCCUCCUAUUGUCAGUGCAGACAGACAAACAGGUGGUGAAGAAGGGCGAGCAGCUGGCCAAUCAAUGGACUCCACUCGCCGGAGACUAUCAGGACCGAUCUUAAAUGCUGGAAGCUAUUCAAAGCAGAAAAGUCCAGCUGCUAAUGAUUCUCCAAUUACUAAGGAUGCUAUGUUACCGAACUCCACUUUUUUGGGGCGAUCAAGUGGAUCCUCAAGGCGAGCUGCAGCUGUUUCCAGCAGCCGCGAUGUAUUUGUUGGAAGUGAGUCCGAUCCCCAACGGUCUCGCACAACUGAGGCAAGCCCAGGAGCAAUACAUAAAAUUUCUAGUGGGCUAAGAAGUCCUCCUCUUGGAUCUUCAGACCCCAGACGCACUUCAUCAAGUAGAAAUACUUCUCACAUGAAGACAUAUGAAACCACCCUUAAAGGAAUUGAGAGUCUGAAUUUUGAGAGUGAUGAGAAGGUUCAUUAUUAG